UUUGUUACAUUUUAAGUGCAGCGAGAUGCAGAGGACGUCAACAGUGACAGCUAACUAGCUACAUUUGGGGCUUUAAACCCGUACGGAACAAGUUCUCCUUCAGCACAAAGCUGCCACAUUUCUUCUGCCUACCUGCCUGCACUCUCAGAGGGACCACCAGUGGAGAACCAUGUCUGCCCCAGGUCGCAAUCCCCAGCUGGGUGGUGGACCCAACUUAGUGAACAUUGAGGUUAUGAGGAACCACUCUGAGCUCUUCAGAGCCGAAUGUAUGAGGCUGAUCUCUGAAGCUGACAAAAGCUGCAAACGCUUGCAAAACAAUGAUAACAAGCAACUAGAUCAGCGGGUCAGAGACAUCCAGUUUCUGAAGAAGGAGUUGGAGCUGAAGUUGGAGGAGAUCAUUUUGGAUAUUGAUGUCCUCAUAGCGUUGCAGAGCAGAGUGGAGAAAGCCCUGGAGGCCUGCAAAGACCCUCUGAGAGUCACCGUCCUGUGUCUGGAGGAGAGAAUGAAACGUCUCCCUUCUGAGAGGCUGCAUGACGAGGUGGACAGAGAGCUGCUGAAGGAGAGGGAUGCUAUCGAGGGAGUGGCUUCCCUUCUGCAGCGUGUAAUAGAGCAGGUCACUGAGCAGAUACGAUUAAACCGAUCAGCCAAGUACCAGCUAGAGAAGGAUCUGAAGGAGAAAUAUGAGGCUCAGUGCAUCGACAACUUCUGUGCCUCGAUGACCACCCAUUCCAUCGAGAACCUGCAGCAGUCCAAAAACACCAAAACUGUUCUGCCGAGCUUGACAGUGACUCCAAAGCAGUGGGAGAACAUCUCGGACAUCAACAUAGCCAAAGCAGAGCAGCAGAAGAACAACUCUCUGUCCCUGCGGGCCCUGGUGGAGGCUCUCCUGGAGCAGACGUCCACUGACAUGCAGAAGCAGUUUCAGGCCACAACAGCAGCCUUUCAGCAGAACGUCCAGGAGAUCAAGUCUGCCAAGAGCCAGAUGGAGGAUCAGCUGGCCAAGAUUCUAUUAGAGUUUGCCAGCCAGCAGAGGAUCGGAGGGGAUCUCCAAGUGGCAGUCACAGAGAAUGAACAUGCUCUGGGUUUGGCCCAGGCCCGGCUAGCUUUGCGCCGCCAGCGGCCCGCCAAAGAGCAAUGCCACGAUCCAGCACAGUCCCGGCUCCUGGCCGAGGUCCAGCAGCUCGCCUUUCAAAUCAGCAAACUGCGUGAGGCACUGGCCCAGUCAGAGAAGGAGCAGAGGGCUCUGGUUCGCUGCCAGCUGGAGCUGCAGAAAAACAUUGAGAUCAAGGCCAACUCUCUCUACAUUGACGAGGUCAUCUGCGCCCAGCACAGGGAGUCCAUUAUCAUACAUAACUUCUGAACAGUCAGCAACUGCAGGGGUCUACAUAGUAUUUCUUUCAAAAUACACCUAUAUAAAAUUCACUUCAAAAUAUUAUGUGUAGUACUAGUUCUCUUUCACAUGGUCAAAGUUUCAAAUAGUGUUUUCUUCACUUCACUCUAAGGUCUUAAGUGUGAGAGCUGUAUGAAACUGUGAGCGAUGGUAAUACUGUGUAUGUUACACUGAGCUACUCACGAAAGGCUUAAAUUUACUUAAUAUACAAAAGCUUUCAUUUUUAUUCUAAAAUGAGCUGUGGUAGAAUUGAUUAUUUAUCUUUGUUGUUCCAUUAAAGCUGCAGUAGGUAACUUAUAAAAAAUACUUUUUGUACUAUUUGCUGAAACUUUGACUGUAUCCUGACAGUAGGACUUGAGACAGAUAAUCUGUGAAACAAUCUUCCUCAACCAGUGAAAAGAUGACCAGGAGAACCAGCUGUUGUCUUCACUGAGUGGAGUUUUACAAGCCACUUAAUUAAAAUGGGUUGCACCACACAAACUAUGUAGAGAUUAGCUAUUACUAAUAAUACACCUAAUAAUUAGCUAUAAAUAAUGAUAUAAUUAAUUACAUUACUGUUCCGCAGCAAACUGAACCAACCAACAAAACUAAUACGAGCUUGUUCAUUAUUGUUUUAAUUAUUUUUAUUCAUUAUUAUUCUAGUUUACCUAGACUCAAGAGUAACAGACCUGACACUUCUUUUUUUUUUUUAUUAACAUUUUAUUGAUUCCAUUCAGCAUUCUUCCAUUAGCAUUUAACAUCUCACACAUAUUUUCCAUGUAUACAGAGCAUACAAAUACUUCACAACAGGGAUCAAACACAUAAAUAUACAAAAAUUCACAAUUAAACAAAAAACUCAGUAGACUCGAAAUGAGUAAAUUUUUCACUACAAUCCACAUUUUCAUUUCCCUCUUGUAAAACCUCUCUCACCUGGUGAAGGAUAAUGCCGAACACAAUCUUAUGAACAUUGAACAGUCAAAAUUUGUAGCAAGAACCAAGGGGAUCCAUAAGAUACAUUGUUUUUACCAAAUAAAGUCUGUUCUCAAUGGUGUAACAAAAUCAACCCAGCUAUUCCAGAAAUUCUUAAAUUUAUCUGAUUCUAGUCUAACUAGGAAAGUCAACUUUUCCAUCCUGUAAAUGUUAUGCAUUACUUCGACCCAAUCCUCCAUUUUAGGUACCUCCGUUUUCAGCCAC